GUUUCGUGUGUUCCGGCUGAAAUACUGAGAAUACUUUUGUUUUCAACUAACUUUAGAUUAACGUUACAGAUUAAGAUAUACGUUUGUCCACAGCUGCAAGAAGAAUGCUGAGACAAGUUUGGAUUCUGGCUGUACUAUGGAUGUCAGUGGAUGCAGCUGGCAAGCCCCCCAAGAUAAUCAAACCCCAGGGAAAUCACUGGAAUCUUCCCAUUCAGUAUGUUCGCCAGGGUGACCCUAAAACUGUGGAGUGUUCAGCUGAAGGUUCUCAACCAAUUACGUACAAAUGGACCUUCAAUGGUGAAAAUAUAAAAUCAGGUUCAACAAGUGUGGCAUUCAGUCCGCAAACCGGAAAUCUGAUGGUUGGGACUCUCUUCGGCAACGCGGAUUCAGGCGACUACCAGUGUAUUGCCACGAACAGCUAUGGAACAACAAUGACGCCCUAUGUGAAAUUAAUUCUUGCAGUGUCAGGUAAUCUGUUUCCUGGGGAUCAGACCCAGUUUCCUGACAAUGUUGAGGUGUUCGCGUCAAAUCAUUACGCAAUGAAGUGUGUGAACCAGCCAUUCAGCAUUCCGCCCCUGGAAAUAUCUUGGGAAAUGGGAAAAUUGGUGAAUAAUGAGUAUAAAAAAGAGAAAGAUGUGAUGGAAAAUGAAAGGAUUGUUAUCGAUCCAACAGGGACUCUACAUUUCUUGUGGUCGGAGCCUAGUGACAACAAUUUGUACCGGUGUGCGGGGAAGAACACUAUCAGUGAAUCUACAGUCCAGAACACCAAGAUUCUCAACUUAGUUGUCAAGACAAGUUCUAGCAAAGAUAGAGCCCCGGAGUUGAAGUUUAAUAAAGAUGUUGUUGUAAAGGCUGGCGAGACCGCUCGACUCACUUGUAUAUUCUCGUACUACUCAUCAAGAGGAGAGAAGUUGACGAUAGAAUGGCGUUUCAGCAACGAGAAGGUGGGAGAGGGGCGAACAAUAAAGCUUACAAAUGUGAAAGUUCCUGACGACAAGCAGACGCAGGAAGGGGAAUACUUGUGUGAGGCCCAUCUGGGGGAAUUGCAGCCUGUACAGGGAAAAGUCAACCUGAAAAUCACAGCUCCCCCAAAAUUUGAUGAACUACGUAAGCCCAGCCACACCUCUGCGCCUGUUGACAGCAGCCCCAAUUAUUACUGCAGCACAACAUCUCACAAUUCCUAUAGCCGACCACCCGUCUGGUUCGUGAACGGGAAGCCAUUGAUUGGCUGCCCGCCGUACACAUUUGACUGUGGUGUACCUGCGCUGGACGGAUUCUCUCAGUGUGUACCUGAGAAACAAGUGUGCGAUAGUUCUCCAGACUGUUCAAAUGACGCCGAUGAACGCAACUGUCCAGCUUCCUGUGGAGAGGGCCAGAAGGUGUGUAACGGUGCUUGCAUUUCCUUCAUUGACGAUUGCAUUCCCGCCCCAGCAAAUGUGUGCGAAUAUCCCAAUUUCGAGUGUGCCAAUGGGAAAGGUUGUCUGCCGAAAGCACAAAAGUGUGAUGGGCCAACACAGUGCCAGGACAAAUCAGAUGAAUUGGGCUGUCCUGGCCGGCAGAAUACCAAACAUGAUAGGAUCAUUGUCAAUAGCGACCGCUCCGUGCUGACUAUACCCAACGUACAGAAGGAAGAUGUGAUGUGCUUCCAGUGCCUGGUCAGUAACAACUACGGUACAGUGCCAGGAGAUGGAUGUCUUACAGUCAUUGAGAAGAUCAGGAUAACAACCCCGCCCAAUGAAACAUACAGCACAAAACCGGACAGUGUGGUUAGUGUGUACGUUGAUGCUAUCACUGACAGUGCGUGGAUUAACCAGCUGGGUUAUACAUGGUUCUGGUACAAACCUGUCACAUUCCCGAAUGGCUCCAAGGGCAUUGAGCAACAAAUGCUUCCCCCACCUGGCCUAGAGAAAUAUUUCACAGUCUCCAGCAGCAAGAAGAAUAUGACGAUGACCGUGCCAGACGUUACCCAGCCGGUCGAUCCUAAGAAUACGGCUAUGUACGAUUUGUACAAUCUGCUGACGGAAUACCGUAUGUUUAUGGUGAAUGUCAGCCAUAAAUAUGACUCUGUGGCUGUAAAGUUUACGGUUGUAGGGGAGACCUUGAAAGAACCAGUUGAAGAGCCCGCAGUUGAAAAAGCUGCUUUCAACUGGUGGAUCAUUAUACUCAUUGUGGGGAUUCUGAUAUUGUUCAUCAUCCUGGGGCUCAUCAUCUGCUACUGUUACAGAAAUAGGGGAGGCACCUACUUGUUGGAUAAGAAGGAGAAGAAGGCUGGCAAUGACCCGGAACAGGAACUGAAGGACAGUGGAUUCCAGGAUGCCGGCAGAGUGGAUGACUACUAUGAUAGCACAAGGCCGAUGGAAGAGAAGGCCUCUCUGACUGGAAGCAAUAAACCGUACGAUUCUGAUGAGGAUGCCGCGGAGGAAUAUGGUGGAGAAUCGGACGUAAACAAAUUCAACGAGGAUGGCUCGUUUAUCGGUGAAUACAACAAACGCAAUGACCUGCCUAAUACUAAAGAAGCAACUGUGUAGUUUCUUUUUUGUAUGUGAAACGAACAACUUCAGGAUAAUGUUUGACCAAGGCUUGAUCAUUGUAGAUACCAUAUAAGAAAUCAAGUAUGUUAUGUGAACUGUAUAAUACAAAUGAUAGAAGAUGUGCUGAAGAGUCAUAUAUCAAAUUUUAAAGCAACUGUAAGAAUUUUAUAUUGGCGUUUAUUUUUACAAGUAGGGUUUUUUAGUAAAACCUUUUAAAUUUGAUAAAUUUUGGGACAUUACUUACAUAAUAACAUCAGGAUUUAUUGAUAAAUGAGUAUGGCCACACCAAAUUGAUGGAUUGAUAGAUUAAUGGACCUGUUUUUAAAAAAAUCUAAAAUGAAAUUAUUAUUUUAUGCAACUGCUAUUUUUUACUGAAACAAUCUGAAAAUGACCGAAACACUUUCUUGUAAAGCAAUGUUGCAUCAAAUGACACAAAACAUGUUUUGAUACGUCUCUGACCUAAGUCCUGGAAGACUGAUACUGGUAUAUAUGAUCAAUACUCCUUGGGAUUUUUCAUUAAAAUUACUCUUAAAAGGGAGAAUAAAAAUAUCAUUGUUCAACAUUAUCAUUCGAAAAGAUAAAAGAAAGUUUCUUCUCUGCUCGCUAGAUUUUAAAUGAAAUUAAAUUAUUGUACUUUUAAUUUGCUCGCUUGCUUUAAUCUUUUUGGCGAAAACUUGUAGAACAGAACAUAAAUUGGUGUGGCCAAAUGCAAAUUCAAUCUUUCUCUGUGCCAUUCUAAGACAUUCUGAAGUAUAGAAUUAAGCAAAGGUUUUAUUUAACCAAAUAGUAGAAAAAGAAUAGCCACUUCUAAUAUAUUAACAUAUAUGUCUAAACCACAGAUUUUUUAUAUACCGUAGAAUUCCAUGACAAAUCUUCUAGUUUUGUUGCCAUAAUGUUGGUCAUAAUAUGUUUGUUGAAUGGUGUUUUACUACAAGUAGAUAUACAAGGUUUGUGAGAACUGUGAUUUACUGCAAGUGUGCCUUAAGUUUUUAAACAUUUAAAUUAGCAUUGCUGGUAAGUGAAACUGUGCCAUCUUGUUAUACAUUGCACCCUGAUUGCACUUAUUUGGUUGAGGGAGCUAGGACUAUUUUCAGGAAGGUACUAACAUGAGAAAAUCAUUUAAAGCCUGAUAUUUUAUCAGCAGUUUAGACAGUGCAACAACAUUGAGGUUCUUUUUGAUUGGAUUGCUAUUGUAAGAACUUCAAUCAAAUAGCUGGCAAGUUUUUGCGUUAUUUUAUAAUCUGUUUAAGACAGUGUAAGAAUAAUCAGCAUAAUAACAUAUAACUUGCAGUAUGAUUUUUGAUGGUUGGGGAACUUAAUUAUGAUACUUUUUGAAACUAAGUUGUGCUUUGUUUUUCAACAUCCUUCCUGGAAAAUAUAAAAUUGAAUUUUAAUUGGUUUGAACGUUUUGGUGUGAAAGUUUGAAGGAGGGUGAAUAGUAGACUGGCUUCAACUGGCUGUUUCUCUGUGAAGUUUAUGAAUAUAUUAACUAUCUUGCCUGCAAAAUGAUAUUCAGAUUAGAUGUAGUGUGUGUAUUGCAAAACUCUGUGUCUUAAGUGUGAAGUUGUCAGGAUGUUUCCUGAUGUGAAAUCCUGUAUUCUAUGUGCUAUAUAUUGCUUCCUUUGUAACAGAUGUUUGUCAUUUGAUCAUGUUAAAAGUGUUAAAUAAUUAAUAUGCAAAAGACCUACACAUUGAUGCAAAAGAUAUACAAUAUGUGUAUUGUCUUUUCUCGCAAGAAUUAUUUUGUUGAUGUAUAGAGCUGUAGUCAGUUAGUGAUGCCUGAGUUUGUUUUAGUGAUUUUAUACACAAGUUAAUGUAAACGAUAUUCCAACAUACGGUUCUGUAGUAAGUUAAACAAAUUGGUUGUCGUAUUGCUUUGCUGUUUGAAGCAUUCCAUGUUAACCCUCGAGCUUGUUUUGUGCAUACCCAAUUUAACAUUUCCAGGCUGUAGUUUUAUUAGUUUAUACAAAAGCUUACAUUCCCUUGCUCACUUGGAUGUUUUUCAUCAAACUUAUAAAACAAAUAACAUUCUUUAUAAUUUGCUUACAUGCUUAUGUUUCGGUAACUUGUAUUGGCAGGUUUCCAACAAACUUGUAAUACAAUAUGUAUACAUUCUCAUUUUUUUGCUUACAUUCCACUAAAUUGCUUUAUAAUUAUGUCCUGGCUUACUUAUUUGCACGGUUGUAAAUAAGCUUACAAUCCCUUAUUUUGCUUACUUUCUAGGCUGAUUGCCAUCAAACUUGUAUAUAACGCAUGUUCAAUACUUUGUUAACAUUCCCAUUUGCUAUGAUUGUCCUGGCUUAAUUUUUUUACAAGACUAUAAUUAAGGGAGUCUUAUAUUAGAGAAGUUAUUGUACAGAACACAACGUUUACAACAAUAUUAUUGGUAAACAUUCACCAGGUACUGAAAGCCUAAAUUAUCCCAUUCCAUAAAACAAACGGAAAGUUUACCUACCAAAGGUUGUAUUUGUAUGUUUUUGCUGUAAUUUUAUUUUUACACAGAGGUCUUUUGUUGGUAAGAUGUAUGUAUUGAUACACAUCGUAUUCAUUUCAAGUUUACUUAUGUGUUCUGCGUUAUCAAUAAGCUUGUUUCACAAUGUAUUAUCAUGUAUAACUUCCUUUACUGAUAUUUUAUGUAUCAUGGCUGAUUUAAGUGACAUGACACACAUUGGUGACAGUGUCAUUCAGAGAUGGUGAAUCAAUGUUAAUGUUAUAUAUAACUAUAUUCAAACCAUUUGUUCGCAAUCUCUGACUUAAAUACUGCUACCUUUGUGGACAUGCUGUAGCCAUAAAUGGUUUGAGAGGAUAAUCUGCUGGAUUUUGAUGAUUAUGAUGAUUAAUGUAAAUACACAAAAUGAAGAUUUAUUUUUGGUAUUUGAGAGUUACAAGCUGAGUAGUUGCAUUUAUAUUUUAACAUGAUUUGUAUUGUUGUACUUUCAGAUAUGAUAGGAAGUCAGAUACAUUGGUGUGAUGUAUAUACUUACUGACCUGUGUGUUAAUAGCUUUUGAAAAUGUGAGAAUAACAGUCAAGUUUUAAACAUAAUUGUCUGCGACUAUGUAUGAAUAAUGGUGAACUUGACACAAAGCAUUUUGUAAAAAUCAUUUGCAAACUCAACAAUUAUUCUCUGUUGUACUUAACAACUUUUCCAUUGAUCAUAUUGUAUAUUAUGUACAUUCUACCAUGUAGUUAGACUUAACACAUAAUGUAAACAUUUGUAAAAUGUUUUUUGUAUUUGGGGCUUAGCCCUAGUUUUGAUGCUCUCAGUGUAUGUAUUAGGGUUUAUUGAUAUAGAAGGGUUUGUGAAACACUUCUUGUACGGGCAGGUGUACGUGUGAACUACUUUUUGUGCACUAAAUAAUCAAGGUAUGAGAACAUGUGGACUACUUUUCGUGCACUACAUCAUCCAGGAAUGUGUACAUGUAUGUGUGGACUACUUUUUGUGCACUACACCAUCCAGGUGUGUGUAUUUUGCAGGCUCAGAGAGGCAUAUAUGAUGAUGAAUCAGCAUCUACAAAUACAAGCUUAUAGUGAAAUUUUGUAAACAACUUAAACCCAAUUGCAGCUUUUACAUGUACAAUGUAGUCACACAUAAUAUAUUUAAGUGGGCGUACAUUAUUUGUUUUGCAAACCUCUCUGCUCUCAUAAAACUGUACACUUGCGAUUGGUGACUAAACUUGGGUAGCUUUAUAUAAGAUAAUGAUUAUGUAACUUCUUCUUUUCAUUCUUUUAUUUAGUUAUUACAGUCAUAUAUAAUUACUUAGUCAUAUUUGUAUCAUUGUUUAUUUUUACAUUUUCGUCCAGGUUAAACUAUACCCUCAGUGUAUGCUCAUAGAUUUUAUGUUUUUUAUAAAAUCGUACACUUGCGAAAGGUGGUCUAGCCUGUUUUUUUUAUACUAAAUAAUAUAUAUAUUUUUGUUUAUUAUUGAUACCUGAUACAUUUCAGUUUAAUUUGUUUACUCCUGGUCAAUGUUAUGCCCUCAGUGUAUAGUUGUGAUUUUAUUUUGCGAUAAAGUUGUACACUUGCGAUAGGUGAUUUGACCGGGAUUGGUUUUUUGCUUAAUAAUCACAGUUUACAUAUUUUUAUACUAUAUAUUGCAAUGUUCAGCCACUAUGCUGAUUUGUACUUAACCAUAAAGUAAGAAGCUAAUCAUAUUUACAAUUUACAUGGUGUCUUUAUUCUGUUUGAUGGACUCACUUAUGUUUUUAAGGUCAGACAAUGAUUUUUUUCAAGUUUGUGCAAAUUUGUGUGAAAGAAAAAUGAACAUAAAUAUGCUUGUUACAAUGAUAAAGCAUGAUUGACUGUUCAAAUUAGAGCUCUAUUGUUAAAGAUUAUAUAAAAUGUAAGAAAAUUUUAUUGCCGAAAAGCACUAGUAACGGGAUUAAAAAUUGAUUUAUUUUGGUACUGAACGCUUUUUGGCAAAGUUGCUGUAAGAAUGGUGUUUUAGUGGUAUAGGUGCCCGCCUCUCACUGGAGAGGUUGUGGGUUCAAGCCUCACCAGGGGUACUUUCUUAUGGCCUCUUAAAAAAGGACAACAUUACUGGUUUCUGCCCAGAAAACAGACUUAAGAGUGAUUCAUAACAGAUCUCAGCUAUCUUUACACUCAAGCAAAAAUAAAUUAGUAUAAACCAGAGUUGCUGUUUGGUGUUUAUUCAUAGAAGUAAGCAAAAUACUCAAUUUAAAAAAAAUCAUUGCAAAUAUAAAAUCUGUGAGUGGGUCCCUUUAUAAUAAAGUUAUUUUGUUUACUAGCAGCAUUAGUUUUAUCAUUUUCUGGUUGUGAUUUUCUUCAUGUUGAUUGUUAAAAAAUAUCUUUUAUUUUAAGAAUAUGCUGUUUAAUAAACUGAUAGAAACUUAUUUUUCUAUAAGUUCUAUGUGUAGUUCAGAUUAAAAAAUGAUAAUAUUUAAACUCAUUCUUGUAUUCUAAUACCUUUGUUAUUAUUUUUUUUGGUACCUAGAUAGUAUUUGAAUUUGGCAAAUGUAAUUGGUUCUCAUCUUUACUUAAAAGCCCUUUGUUAUUUCCAUGAAAAAUUGAAAACCUUUUUCUUUUUCUGCCCCAUUGCAUUUUUUAAUUGCGCAAUGUCUCAAUUUAAAGCAAAUAUAUUUACCUUCUUAAUGUCUCUUUAUGUUUUUAUGAUUAAAUCCUUAAUAUGCAUUCCUAGUUCAUCUGUUUAAAGAAAGAAUUUCACACUAUUUAGGAAACAAUAAAGUUUGUUACUUAGAUUUCAAACUUAUAAUCUGUCUAAUCAGAUGGCAGUAUUUCUCAAAUCUGCCAUAUGCUUAUUUUGGUAAAUUAGCAAGUCAGCCAUUAUUGAUUGAAAUCAGGUGAAUCAGCAAAUUUAAACAGAAGUUUGGCCAUUAGAUAAAAUAUAAACUUGAACAUUUAACUAGUUUAAGAGUUAUUAGUAGCAUGUACUGAAAAAAAACAACUGUUUUAUCCAUUUUUCUUGAUAAAUGUAUACUAGUAACCUUUAACCAUUACUAAGUCUGAUUUAUAUUGGUAGACUUUAACCUUUUUAAGAAACAAACAUUUUAAUAUCCAUCUAACAUUUCUGUUUUCCAUUUUGCAUUGAUUUUUCUGUCUCAUUAUCACUAUUAUAAAAACGAGAAUGGUAUUCAAUAAGUGACUCAUAACAUUUUUUGCCAUACUUAGUCCAAAAGCUGAUGGAUUUUAUCCUGAAAAGCCUUCUCUGAGUAAAGGUUAUAUUUCAUGUAUUACAAUUUAAACAAAUGUAUUGCAUGGACGCAAAAAUGUGACCAGCAGUUCAUUUCCACAGACCUGAUUGAAUACCAGGGCUUAUGUUUCACUAACAUCUGGGGUAUGAGUUACAGACCAAGACUCAGAAAACCAUAGAUGAUAGCAGGGGCCGUAUUCAAUAAGCAUCUUAGUGAAUAUUUUCAACUUAGUGAGAAUUUUGUAAUUUUUGACAACAAUAAUUUUAAAAACCGGCUACUUUUCAUCAAGAUUUAUUCAUAUGCAUAUAUUGUUUAGACCAUUUUCUUGCUUAUUUUCAUAAUUUUGGUGUACAAACAUUGUUCGUUUUCUUAAAAUUCAAAUUAGAAAAAAAGCAAUUUUUCACUAAAUUGAAAAUAGUUACUAAGAUGCUUAUUGAAUACUGCCGACUGGGUCUUAUAUUCACUAACAUCUCGUGUAGGAGUUUGAGAGGUUCUUGAUAGCAUGCCAAUGUGUAAUCAGAAAAUUGUUUGUGAAAAGAGUGAAAUUUGAAGUUGUUAUAUUUUUGCUUUUCUGAGGAUUGAGUUUAGACCGAGUCUUUAGAUCCUACACAAUCAUGGGCCCAGCUCUUAAUUAAGCCUACCUCUCUUUUUACUUUAUUUUCUUCCAAAUAUUUAUGUUAAUGCGGCAUGUAAGAUGCCACUGUGUCUUAGUCUUACUAUUUAGAAUGACUUGUUUUAUGUUAACAAGUACUUGUUUAAAGCCUAUUCUUUAUUCUUAAAUGCAUAAAAAGCUUUGUAAACUGAAAUGUAAAUAAAGAUUGCUUCUUCAAAUGUA